GAGAGAUAUUGAUGCAUAUAUAGGGUGCAAGAAAACAUCCAUAUUAGUAUUAUCUUGUUGUCAACAAGAAUGGCCACAACACUUAGCUUCCACUCUCCAAUUCUCUCUCGUCAGACUUGUCUCUCUACUCAAAAUCUCUUGUCACUCCGAAGCCAUUGUUUUCCUUUUUCUCGUGUUUCAUUGCCCUCAAUCUCAUCCACAACUCCCUGUAGCAUCAGCCCCAUUAUCUCCACAAAUGCAACUCAGUAUGAGUUUUGUGAUGAUUCAUCCGAGGUGGAGUUGAGAUUGGAACUCGGGGAAGAAAGCAAAAGUCCGGGGGAAGUUUAUGUGGAUGGAAGUGAGAACUCUUUGGUAAUCAAAGUGCAGUAUUCUGGAUUCACGAAAACUCUCUUGGAUACUAAUAAUCUAUAUGGAAUGAUAAAGCCUUCUGAAACGAUAUGGUAUAUAGACGACACUCAACUGGUAGUUAACUUGAAAAAGCAAGAUCCAGAACUAAAAUGGCAUGACAUCGUGGAAUCAUGGGAGUCAUUAACUACUGGAGUUGCCCAACUACUGAAAGGAACAUCGAUCUUCUUAGUUGGAGAAUCAACAGAGAUAAACAACAAUAUUGCUCGAGAAUUAGCAGUCGGUCUUGGAUACACUCCACUUAGCACCAAGGAGCUUCUUGAAGCGUGUUCCAAUCAAACUAUCGAUUCAUGGAAGAGCGAGGACAGAUCUGAUUCUAUCACAGAAGCAGAAGCUGCUAUAUUAGAAAGUCUUAGUAGUCAAGCAAGAGUAGUCGUUGCAACAUUAGGAGGGAAGCACGGUGCUGCCAGGAGGCCCAACAAAUGGCAGCAUCUGUUUGCAGGAUUUACAAUUUGGCUGUCCCAAUCUGAAGCCACAGAUGAAGAGUCAGCAAAAGAAGAGGUGAGGAACGAUAUCAAAGAUGGUGAGCGAGGCUACGCGAACGCAGAAGUAGUAGUGAAGGUCCAAGGUUGGGAUGCGACUUACACCAAAACCGUGGCUCAAGCUUCACUCAGUGCUCUUAAACGAUUGGUUUUGUCCGAUAAAAACAUUACAGGUAGAAAAAGUUUGUAUGUGAGACUGGGAUGCCGAGGCGAUUGGCCCGAUAUCAAAGCUCCUGCCUGGGAUCCGUCAACCACUGCCCCCGCCUCAUGACACAGAAAUAAAGCUUUAUUAAAAUGAAAGAAAUAAAUAGAUACAAAACUAAACCAAUCCUAGAAGAUCACAGGCCGAGCUUCAUCAAAACCUUACCCUAUGAGCCCCCUGCUUCAUGACGGUAACACCGGUUUCUGUAUUAUACAGUCAAUGUUGACAAAUUUUAAUGUUCAAUAAUGCUCUUAUCCAAGCAAAUUAUCACAAA